AGCAGCAUCCCCGGCUUCCCAGGCAGCAGCCAGCGGGUCCCCAGCGGAGCAUCAUCUGCCCACAAACAUGGCUGCGCCCUGCUCAGCUUCUCCUGGCCGCCGAGGCCCGCAGGCCGGGCUGGCCUUGCCAGUACUCGGGGACUUCCUCCCGGAUCCCGCUUCCUGCACCGCUGGCAUUUAAACCGGCGCCUGGGGCUGCGGACGCCGAGCUGGCCGCGGGCUGGUGCACCCACCGCCCCAUCUCUCUGAGCGACCUGGCUGGGCAGGAGCGGAGCCGGAGCAUCCCCUUAGCUGUGCCCGGGUCCGAGCUGGAGCGGUCUGGGAGGGAGAGACCCCGGACCCCGGCAUCUGGCAGUUCAAUUACAGGUUUGACUUUUUAAUUUCCAAGAUCGCGACCCUCGCGCCCAGCCCCGAUCCUUCUUCCUGCCCUCCGGCCUGGGUUGCUGGAUGAAGCUGGGGCUGGGCUUGGUCCCAGGAGCUUGGAAAGCGCUCGUUCUCCGCCUCGCAGCGGCAUUGCUCCGGGGACCUCCGAGCCGCGCGCCCCGGGCAUGGUGCAGCUGAGCCCCGCGCUCGGGUGAGGCGGAGGCGGCGCAGUUCCGAGCCCAGCGGGCCCGCCCUGCGUGGCAUCCCCCCUUCCACCCCGCCUCCCGAGGAGCCAAGGGCAGCGGACUCGGGGCUCCGCGCCCUCCUGCUGGGCUGCGCGCAGGGGGCCAGCAGCCGCCGCGAUGUUCAGCUGGCUGAGCACCGACGACCGGCGGAGGAAGGACCCCGAGGUCUUCCAGACGGUGAGCGAGGGGCUCAAGAAACUCUACAAGAGCAAGCUGCUGCCCCUGGAAGAGCAUUACCGCUUCCACGAGUUUCACUCGCCCGCCCUGGAGGAUGCCGACUUUGACAACAAGCCCAUGGUCUUACUGGUGGGCCAGUACUCCACUGGGAAGACCACUUUCAUCAGGUACCUGCUGGAACAGGAUUUUCCAGGCAUGAGGAUUGGGCCGGAGCCGACCACCGACUCCUUCAUUGCAGUGAUGCAUGGUGAGAUGGACGGGACCAUCCCUGGGAACGCCCUGGUGGUGGAUCCUAAGAAACCCUUCCGGAAACUCAACGCCUUUGGCAAUGCCUUCUUGAACAGGUUUGUGUGUGCCCAGCUGCCCAACCCUGUGCUGGAGAGCAUCAGCAUCAUCGACACGCCAGGCAUCCUCUCUGGGGAAAAGCAGAGGAUCAGCCGAGGGUAUGACUUCGCUGCUGUCCUUGAGUGGUUCGCCGAGCGGGUCGACCGCAUCAUUCUGCUCUUUGACGCCCACAAGCUGGACAUCUCUGACGAGUUCUCCGAGGUCAUCAAGGCCCUCAAGAACCACGAGGACAAGAUGCGGGUGGUGCUGAACAAGGCCGACCAGAUCGAGACCCAGCAGCUGAUGCGGGUGUACGGGGCCCUCAUGUGGUCUUUGGGGAAGAUAGUGAACACCCCGGAGGUGAUCCGGGUCUACAUCGGCUCCUUCUGGUCCCACCCCCUUCUCAUCCCUGACAACCGGAAGCUCUUCGAGGCCGAGGAGCAGGAUCUGUUCAAGGACAUUCAGAGUUUGCCCCGAAACGCUGCCCUGCGCAAGCUCAAUGACCUCAUUAAGAGAGCCAGGCUGGCCAAGGUCCAUGCCUACAUCAUCAGCUCUCUGAAGAAGGAGAUGCCCUCCGUGUUCGGGAAGGACAACAAGAAGAAGGAGCUGGUGAACAACCUGGCUGAGAUUUACGGCCGGAUCGAGCGGGAGCACCAGAUCUCGCCUGGGGACUUUCCCAACCUGAAGAGGAUGCAGGACCAGCUGCAGGCUCAGGACUUCAGCAAAUUCCAGCCCCUGAAAAGCAAGCUGCUGGAGGUGGUGGAUGACAUGCUGGCCCGAGACAUCGCCCAGCUCAUGGUGCUGGUGCGCCAGGAGGAGUCCCAGCGGCCCGCCCCAAUGGUGAAGGGUGGCGCGUUCGAGGGCACCCUGCAAGGCCCCUUCGGGCACGGCUACGGGGAGGGGGCCGGGGAGGGCAUCGAUGAGGCUGAGUGGGUCGUGGCCAGGGACAAGCCCAUGUACGACGAGAUCUUCUACACCCUGUCACCAGUGGACGGCAAGAUCACGGGCGCCAACGCCAAGAAGGAGAUGGUGCGCUCCAAGCUGCCCAACAGCGUGCUGGGCAAGAUCUGGAAGCUGGCGGACGUCGACAAGGAUGGCAUGCUGGACGACGAGGAGUUCGCCCUGGCCAACCACCUCAUCAAGGUCAAGCUGGAGGGCCAUGAGCUGCCCAACGAGCUGCCCAUCCACCUCCUGCCGCCAUCCAAGAGGAAAGUUGCCGAGUAAUGGGAGGAGGUGGAGGUUCAGAGCAGGCAGGUGUUACAGGAGAUGGGAGAGGCGGACA